GCGAACGAGAGAGUUGAGUGGAUAAGUCAAGGUUGCAUAACUGAGAAACUUCAGUACAGUAGUUAUUUAAUUUUAGCUAAGGCGACUUGGGUGAAUCAACCAGAGGAUUCCAGGCUGAUGACUAACCAGUACUCUUGAAUCUAGAUCUGGAUCCAGAACACAAUGAAGCACAAGGUAUCCACAGUUCAACAUGGUGAAACAGUGGCCCUCUUAAUUGUGAUUUUAUCCAGCCCUUCAUUUACACAAAAGGCAUUUUUCAACAAACAGGGAACAGCUGCUUACACGGGAAGUAAAGGUUCCGGAGAGGUGAUCGUUUCACUGGAUAGUAAUUACUGCAAAAUUCAGACCAAUAAAGUGCAAUGCUUCUACAAUAAAACUGACAAGUUGGUGGUGGUUCCAGCAGAGAUUACGCUACCUGAUUUAGUGCCAGAACUUCAGAUUCAGCAAGCAAAAACAGUCCACAUAUACCCAAACUGUGUACCUUGGGUCACUGCUAUAGGAGUAGGCCUCUUAACUACUCAGCCCCACAAGGGUUUCAUGGCAGAAAGGAGGCAUUGUGGAUUUUGGCUUCAGAUGUAUAGAUCAAAAGCUGAUCUAAUUUCUCAAGGACUAAGACAUUUGAGUCUAGUGGACAGUAAUGUAAAUACAUUAAGCCUGAAUCGCCUUGAAAAUUUCAGUGCUGAUAACUCUUCUAUUGUGAGUGUUGAAGGAGUUACUUGGGAAGGCAGUGUUUCGUACAUCACAAAUACUACUAUCCUUAGAGCAAGUAAUAUGGUUUGUCGAAGCAACUGGACAGUUAGUAAGAGCCACAUCGAUGUCGUGAGCACCGAUGGAAUUUCAUUUGAGGGCUCGUCAUUGUUUAUAGCAGACACUGUUAUUGCCCACAUAGCAUUUCACGGUAUAAGAAUUUAUACUGGUGUUGCAAGUUUUACUAACGUCAUUAUUAAUGAGGUGGAAUCCUCGGGUAUUCUUCUAAGAAGUCCGCGUGUUCAUUUAGUUCUAACCAAUGUGACUGUCAACGAUGCUCAAACUGGUUUUAUCAAUGUGCUAGGUGGGUCAAGAAUCUCUCUUCACAACGUAACUGUGAAAGGAACUUCUUUGGAUGUCGUUUCAGAAUACGUCAAGUUUGAAGAUGAAUUCAUUCCUCUUGAUAUGAGCGCUGAUAUCGAUGAGAAAACCAGGAGUUGUACCUUUGACAUCACAAGAAUCACGUGCGAUUUCUCCCAUUUCAAUGAGACACUAGUUUUUCAUGCCGAUGAAAAUGAUCGAUAUGCAGAGGUUAAGAAUGCUGUCUCCUUAGAAAUUCUUACAGUGUUUUGUAAUCUGGAAUUGCACUUGGAGAAUGUAACAGCAGUCAUUCCACAGCCACUGAGUAGGCAUAAUCUUGACUGGAGUAAGUGUAACUUGACAGUGAUAAUCUCGCAUUCCAUCAUAAAAGAGCUUGCUGUUGGAUAUAUUUCAACACUUACUCUCAUCAAUACUACAUUGGAAUUGCUGCACAAUACUGUAGUGAAUGACUUCAUCAUUGAAGAUUCUACAGUUUUCAAAGCCUACAACUUGAAUAUAACUGGUUCAGGGAGCACUUGGAACGGAUUUCAUAUCUUGAGUGCAUACAAUACAACACUUAAUGGUCCUGUUAAAGCAAUUGAUGUCCCCAUUCUUGGCACUUUGAAAGGGGAGUCCUUUGUCAUCGACCAUGUUAAUGCUACAACAGAAAUCUCGAAGCUUCGGGUUCUUACUUUGUCAACUAAGGCAAUCUGGAUUAGAAAGGGCUCUUUGGUCAUAAGUGAUUUUGAAUCAUUGGUCUUAUUUGAAGGUGCUAUCUACAUUGAAGAGGGGGCUUCACUACAAAUACACUUUGUGAAGGAGCCAUUGAUUUUGCAUGCUUCAAUAUCUGUAGCAACAAAAGAUCAGGUGGCACUGAAAGGCCUGUCUAAGCAUGCGCAAGCGAGUAUAAUGCACGUACGGAGAAGAGGUGCUAACCCAAAUGAAGGAUUGAAUCUUACAGUUACUGAUGUGCACCAGUCGCCCUUCUGCCGGUCAAGUAGAAGCUUUUUCCUUGCGGUUAUAGAAUGUGACUUUUUGUCAGUGCCAAACGCAUCUGUAGAAGUUGAUAUUAAAAAUAGUGUUGGAUUUACUGUCGAAGUUUCUUCAGCAGCUUUUGUGAAAUUGUACCCAUCGUGUGUGUCAAAGAUAGUUUUGGCCAACGUUACUAAAGCCACAACAAUUGACAGUGAAGACAGGUGUGAAACAUGGCUGGAAGCAGUUGGAGUCAAUUUCACUAAUAUAACUUCAGGAGUCAAUGAUGUUUCCUUAAUAGACUGCUCUGUGGAAAUAUUUUCUUUGGACCGUGCAGUUCGAGAUGUUGAUCUUGAAAAUACCCAUGUUGAGAAGAUGAUUGGCAUUCAUUGGACUGAAUAUGAGGGCAUAUUCAACCAUAGCUACCUCGGAACUGUAGAAGACAUUAUUGUAUCUAGUCACAUGACAAUGUCUGUCACUACAAUAAACCAAAUUCAUCCCAGAGGCAUCACAGUUCUUGGGUAUGGAGUAAUAUCUGGUUGCAACAUCAGUGAAAUCGCUCCUGAAGGAAUCAUGGUGUUAGGAAAACUACGCAUAGAAAAUACUACAGUGGGGAGCAUAUCUAGAAAGGGAAUUGUUGUUCAAGAUGGCAUUCUUUUCUUGUCUCAUGUUAACUUUGCAUUAUCAGAAGAGUUAAGUAUAGUGGCAACAGCAAAUGGUGCAGUUGCUAUGAAAAAUGUUACAGUAGCGGGCAAGAGAAUUCAUUGGCACGGUUACUUAACGGACAGUUUAAAGAAACAAGAGUUUUCUGCAGCAUUUUUGAACACAUUGAGUAAUAUGGAACCAAAUGUAUCUUUAAUUUCUCAAGCUAGUAAUCUUGAUUCUUCCCAAUCAGAAAUUUCACAUGUAAAUGUGAUUGGGUAUUCUUCAACUGCAUCUGAAAAAGUGACAUCAUCGCUGCUAUCUUGGAAAAGUGCUGCUAUAAUAUUGGCUGUUAUUACAUUGCUACUAAUUGGAUGCUGUGUUCUUCUCAUCAUCAGAUUGGUCCAGUGCAGCAAAAUCCCAGUAUUCUCAUUAGUCUUUUGGAAGAAAAAAGAUGAACAAGUAACCUUGCUUACGGAAAAGCAGCCUUCAUCUAACACCAUAGAACUUUCUUCACAUACUGGUUAAAUUGAGCCCAUUGGUACAGAUAAGUAACAGUCCACCAACACUAAUUAUUUAAUUUUUCUAGUUAAGUCUGUAUACUGUCGAGUGAUGAAAAUACUAAGACUGCCUAGAGGACAUUUUGAUAAAUCAGUUUUCCUUUAGGUCUGUAACCACCGAGGGUUGAGCCACUGGUUAACUGCUUUGCAAAUCUGAAUUUACUAAAACAACCAAAAUGUUAAGUGAAUACUUUUUUUAUAAUGAUUAGACUACAGAGGUCAUAUGUUGCUUGGAAAAAUUAUGGUAAAUGCUAGUUAAAUUAAGAUAACAGCAAACAAAUAUACCAUGAAAUGAAGAGGGUAAUGUACCAGUUAUUAUCAAUGUCACUGUCCAUAAAAAAAAACAAUGUGUAGAAAUACAAACUGAUGCAUA